AUGACUAAGUCAGAAUAUUCACUACUAAAAGAUGAGAUAAUUUUACGUGCAAGUGGAACUCCAAGACACGGUGAGAUUUUGAGGUCUGUAAAAGAAAUAUAUAAACAAAGUAUUAACUCUAAAAGAAGAUAUGAACAAAUUGAAACGAUUGCGCAGCUGUUGAAAGUGUUGGAAAUACGAGAUGUAUUGUCUGAAAAUAGCAUUGAGCCACUGAAAGAAGUCGCACGAAGACUACAAGAUAAUAAUGAAUUACUGCGUAAAAUUACAGAUUAUGAGUUAAUUUCUGUAUCAAAGAAGGACCUAAAUAACACAGUAUCAUCAUUUACUGCAACGCAUGAUGAAAAAAUUGAAAGUGUUAUAAAGUUGAAUCCAUUUGGUGGCAAUUUAAGUCCAAGAAAAAAAGAAAGACUAUUUGAAACUAUAAUAGAAGAAACAGGUACAAACUGGCGGGCUUUAGCUAGAAAAUUAAAAAUUCGAGAAUGUGUAAUUAUCAAGAUUGAUGCUGAAGAAACUACACUAGCAGAUAAAGUAAAAAAAAUACUGGAGAUAUAUGAGCAACGAGCAGAUCCACAAAGGUGGUUUUUUGUUCUUUGUGAUGCUUUGGAAGAAUCAUACAGGCGCGAUAUAGCAGAUUCAUUAAGAAAUAUUAUAGUAAUGAAUAUUUAA